AGAGAGAGAGAGAGAGAGAGGGAGGAGAGGGAGGGAGAGAGAGAGAGAGAGGGGUAUAACUGUUGUACCGAGGCGGGAUUGAGCCACAGACGCUGCCAGGUCUUCACUCCUGGUCCUCAGCCGGCCUCUGCUCCCUUGCUCCACCUCCUGCACCUCGACACCCUGUCCUCCGCCAUGUCUCCCCUACUGAGGAGCCCGCUGGCAGGGUCGGGGCCGGACCUCUGCUACCCCCUGCUGCUCAAUACCUCCUGCCGGCUGAGCCUUCGGCCCCGCUUCACUGCCAGCCUCCUCUACAUCCUGACCUUCUCCCUGGCGCUCCUCACCGUGCUGCUCAACCUGCUGCUCAUCGUCUCCAUCGCCCACUUCCGCCAGCUGUACACGCCCACCAACCAGGUGCUGCUGUCCCUGGCCGUCUCCGACCUGCUCAUCGGCCUGGUGGUGAUGCCCGUGGCGGCGCAGUACUACAUCAGCUCCUGCUGGUUCCUGGGUCCCUGGCUCUGCUCCGCGUUCUACAUGCUGAGCUACGUGCUGACCUCGGCGUCGGUGGCCAGCAUCCUGCUCAUAUCGCUGGACCGCUACCUGGCCGUCUGCCAGCCGCUACGCUACACCAGCGAGGUGACCAUUGGCCGGGUGCAGCUCGCCGUGGGCCUCUGCUGGUCGUGCGCCGUCGUCUACAACUGCAGCCUCGUGGUUGUGAACGUGCGCGAGCCGCCCAGAUGGACGUCGUGCCAAGGGGAAUGUGUGGUGAUGGUGGACGGGUCGUCCGUUUGGUUGGAGCUGCUGGUCACCUUCCUGGCGCCCAUAUCCAUCGUGGUGGCGUUGUACCUGCAGGUCUUCGGCGCCGCUCUGUCCCAGAUGCGGAAGAUGAGGUCGUCGCGGGCGGCGGCGGUGGGGGCGGUGGCUCGGCGGUCGGAGUUGAAGGCGGCGCUGAGGCUGGGCGUGGUGGUGGUGGUGUUCCUCCUGUGUUACUUUCCCUCCCUCGGGCUCAUGGGUCAGGACGUGUCAUUGAAAUCUGCCGCCUGGUUCUGGGGCGCCUGGUUGUUGUUUUUGAACUCCUGCCUGAACCCGCUGUUGUACGCCUUGUUCUACUCGUGGUUCCGGAGGACGAUCAGACUGAUCGUCACCCUGCAGAUACUAAAGCCAAACUCCAGCCGGGCCACCGUGCUGCACUGACAAACUAAGAAUAAGGGAGAUAGAGACUGUUAUUUUUUAUUUCUCAU